AAGAGAAGGACACUUCCUCAGUUGAACACACGAAAUCAAUUUAGGAGCUCCCUUUAAGCCGAAAAGAGAUGGCAAGUAGUAACAUCAGGACGCACUUUUGCAGCUCCACCUUGAUCUUUCUUUUAUUGCCCUUACUCUUGCAAUUUUAUUCUGGUAAAAGUGAGCUCCAAUUCAAUUACUACGCGCAAAGCUGCCCAAGAGCUGAAGAGAUCAUCAAAGAACAAGUCAUUAAGCUGUACAAUAAACAUGGAAACACAGCUGUUUCAUGGGUCAGGAAUCUCUUCCAUGAUUGCAUAGUCAAGUCAUGCGAUGCGUCACUCUUGCUGGAGACCGUGAAUGGAAUUGAAUCAGAGAAAGCAUCGCAAAGGAGCUUUGGAAUGAGGAAUUUUAAGUACGUAAACACCAUAAAAGCGGCCCUAGAGAGUGAAUGCCCUGUGACAGUCUCUUGUGCUGAUAUUGUUGCUCUUUCAGCUAGAGACGGCAUUGUCAUGUUAGGAGGACCGAGGGUCGAGAUGAAAACAGGGCGGAGAGACAGCACGGAAAGCUAUGGAGCAGUGGUCGAAGACUUCAUCCCUAAUCACAAUGAUAGCAUUUCGUUGGUACUUUCCCGCUUUCAAUCCAUUGGCGUUGACGUUGAAGGAACAGUUGCUCUGUUAGGAAGUCACUCUGUAGGCCGAGUUCACUGCGUGAAUCUAGUACACAGGAUCUACCCUACAGUUGAUCCAACUAUGGACCCUGAUUAUGCUGAGUACCUUAAAGGCCGGUGUCCGACCCCAGAUCCCGAUCCACAGGCAGUUCUAUAUGCAAGAAAUGAUCGUGAAACACCAAUGAUCCUUGAUAAUUACUACUACAAAAACUUAUUGGGCCACAAGGGACUUCUCAUGGUGGAUCAACAAUUGACUUCUGAUCCACUUACGUCUCCAUACGUUGAGAAGAUGGCUGCUGAUAAUGGCUACUUCCAUGACCAAUUUUCAAGGGCUGUGGUGGUGUUGUCAGAGAACAAUCCACUUACUGGUGACCAAGGAGAGAUAAGGAAGGAUUGCCGCUAUGUUAAUAGCAAUUAGCAAAUUGCUAGAAACAAAUGUCCCUAAUUAAUUAAAUAGCAACUUGCAAUUUCUUCAUACAAGCGACGUGUAUGCUUGUGAAUUGUGAUGGGAUAAUAAGAAAAAGUCACGAAGCUUGAAGAGCUUGUGUAUGUUUAUGGGCGUACCUAGCUAGGCCCUUUAUGGAAAUGAAAUGCUUCUAAAAUAUUAUAUGUCA